GCCAAGUCUUUCUUUGUUAUGAGAGGUUAAGUUAUGUGUGUAAAUGGCUUUCUUUGUGCAACAGUUUGCAGGAAGCGUUUUACAAAGUUCACUGGCAUGUGAUUAAAUCGGUAAUGUUGUAAGGAAGUGUCUACACUUCUCUUAUCCCCUAGAGUUGCACACAGAGCUUCCCUGAAAGUACUUGGCCAUCCUCCCAACCUCAAAUUGAUUCAUCAUCUCUAAGUCUUAAAUCCCCCUCCAAAUGCUGUGGGCCGGCUGCUAGAAUGACUCAUUCUUCCACGGGGUUUGCAUAGUGGUGAACGUCUUCUACAGGUUACGUUUUUGAAUGUUGCUUCUUUAGUUUUUGCUUGGAUUCAAAAUGACGUUCCUUCACAAAGCUGUUCAAUCGAAAUAGGAAAGGAAUUUAUUUUCCCAUAACGGUAAAAUGCUUGGGGUGGAUUGACAUGAUUUCAAGUUUGUUGAUGUAAAAGACUCAUGUUGUUCCACAGACUGACACUCACCUGAUGUCUCUUCUCUGGAUGGUUCUUUGUCUCUCUCUGUGACCUCAGUUAAUCGACAAAAUGUCUGGUACUUACACACCAGCACCUGGCGGAUCUUUUUCUGCCCUUACCCCAAGCAUGUGGCCUCAAGAUAUUUUGGCCAAAUAUCAUCAAAAAGAUCCUGCAGAGCAGCCUGAACAACAGUAUGAUGAGUUUGGCUUCAGGAUAGAUAUGGAAGAUGAUGGAGAGCCCAAGAUCAGGUUGGGCACAGAGGGUUCACCCCAGCGUGAAGACCCCCAGCAGCGGCUUCGCUGGCAAGCCCACUUGGAGUUCACCCAUAACCACACGGUGGGGGAUCUGACCUGGGAUCUCAUCGAUCCCGUCCUUCCUCAGUCGGAGCGUCUGCGUUCUUUGGUCCUUGGUGGGAUACCUCACAGCAUGAGACCCCAGUUAUGGAUGCGUCUGUCUGGAGCACUGCAAAAGAAGAGGACCUCAGAGAUUUCCUACAAAGAAAUUGUCAAGAAUAGCUCUAAUGAUGACACCAGCACAGCUAAGCAGAUAGAAAAGGAUCUGUUGCGGACCAUGCCAACCAAUGCAUGUUUCAGCACUCUGAACAGCGUGGGAGUCCCAAGACUGAGGCGGGUACUGAGAGGUCUGGCUUGGCUCUACCCAGAUAUCGGGUACUGUCAGGGCACUGGCAUGGUCAUUUCCUGCCUGCUGCUCUUCCUGGAGGAGGAGGACGCUCUGUGGAUGAUGUGUGCUUUGAUCGAAGACCUCCUUCCUCCGUCCUACUUCUCCUCCACACUCCUGGGGGUCCAAACCGAUCAGAGGGUUCUGCGGCAGCUCACCGUUCAGUACCUCCCUGCCCUGGACCGCCUCCUCCAAGAGCAUGACAUAGAGUUGUCGCUGAUCACAUUGCACUGGUUCCUGACGUCAUUUGCCAGUGUGGUGGACAUCCGUCUGCUUCUGAGGAUCUGGGAUCUGUUGUUUUAUCAGGGCUCGGUGGUGCUCUUCCAGAUCACACUGGGCAUGCUCAAAAUUAAGGAGGAAGAGCUCGUAGCGUCAGAAAACUCUGCGUCCAUUUUUAACACUCUGUCAGACCUGCCAAGUCAGUUAAAAGACGGGCCUGCAGUUCUUGGAGAGGCUAUGCGGAUAGCUGGGACGCUAUCCCAGGAAACUUUGGAGGCUCAUCGUCACAAGCACCUGGCCUAUAUUCUUAACGAACAGGCGCAGCUCAACAAUGGAAACAAUUCCACACUCGGUACCAAUCUCAACAAGGUGGUGAGGAGACAGUCCCUGCGCAGGAAAUCCACACUGACCUCUCUGCUGUUUGGGGAGGAUGAAGCCGAUGCCCUGAAAUCCAAAAACAUCAAACAGACAGAGUUGGUUGCUGCUCUAAGGGAGGCUAUAACUCGUACUGCGGAGCACUUCCACUGUCUUGACCCACGGCAUUCCAGCACUGAUCUGACACCAGACUACUCCAUGGAGAGCCACCAGAGAGACCACGAAAACUUUCUCGUGGUGUCUCGUAACAGACGGAGACGAGCAAAGGCUUUGCUGGAUUUCGAACGUCAUGACGACGAUGAAUUGGGCUUCAGGAAGAAUGACAUCAUCACCAUCAUUUCACAAAAAGAUGAGCACUGUUGGGUCGGCGAGCUCAACGGCCUGAGAGGUUGGUUUCCAGCCAAGUUUGUGGAAAUUCUGGAUGAAAGAAGUAAGGAGUACUCAUUAGCAGGUGACGACUCUGUGACGGAGGCAGUGACUGACCUGGUCAGAGGAACCCUGUGUCCUGCCCUGAAGGCCAUCUUUCAGCAUGGAUUAAAAAAGCCCUCUAUACUUGGAGGACCUUGCCACCCAUGGUUAUUCAUAGAGGAGGCAGCUAGUAGGGAGGUGGAGAGAGACUUCAAUUCUGUCUACUCUAGACUUGUGCUUUGUAAAACAUACAGGUUAGAUGAAGAUGGAAAAGUGCUGACACCUGAGGAGUUGCUGUACAGAGCAGUGCAGGCUGUAAACAUGAGCCAUGACUCUGUACACGCUCAGAUGGAUGUCAAGUUCAGAUCUCUCGUGUGUGUUGGCCUGAAUGAACAGGUUCUCCAUCUGUGGUUGGAGGUGUUGUGCUCCAGCAUGGCUGCUGUAGAAAAAUGGUAUCAUCUGUGGUCCUUCCUGCGCAGUCCUGGUUGGGUGCAGAUCAAGUGUGAGCUCAGGGUCCUGUCAAAAUUUGCCUUCAGUCUUUCUCAAGACAGUGAGCUCCCUGAAAAGAAAGUGGAGAAAGAGCAGAAGCCACUGAAAGAAGGAGUGCAGGAUAUGCUGGUGAAACAUCACCUCUUUAGCUGGGACAUUGACGGCUGAGUGCACAGCAGAACAUCUGAUUUACCCUGUGUGCUGCAUCUUCGUAUUAUGCUGGUGUAGAUUCUCGGCCAUUCAGGACAUAACAAUCCAAAGUUGUUGAGCAGAGAGCAACUGGACUUCUUUGUUUUUUACCUUUCACCAAAUGACGUCUUCAGUUGUCAAGAUGGUUGGAAGCAACAGGCUCAUAAGUGGUAGUCAGAGGAAUCUCUCAUUGCUUCCAAACUUGCUUAGAAGUGAAGAAGCUUUUUUGGCAGGGGGGUGGAGGGGGACGAUUUUUAAGAAACUAAAGAAAUCCAGUUGCUUUCUACUGCACACUAGGGAUUGAAUCUUGGUGUUUCUGAUGUAUUUUCAGCUAAUUGCAAUCCAUACCUUGGAUAAUUCUUUGUUGAAGUGGCACAGCCACUUCAGAUGUGUUCUCACCCUGAGAGUCAUGGGCACUAAAUGCACCAAAGUAAUGACUGAAACCCCAGUAAUGUCCACUUGGUUUGUAAAGACUAAAGUUCGGUGCAUACUUUAUUUUUUAUUUCUGUCCCGUUUUCAAUGUUUUGCCCCCAGAGUUAAAAAAUAUGUCUAGAAGCUGAACAUUCCUGUCGUACAGAAUAACCUGUACUGCUAUGCUGUAUUAUUUCAUGAACACUACUUUGUGCAUGAAUUGUAAGUGCACAUUCAACACUAUUUUAACAUGAUCCUCAGUUCUUCAUCCUGCUGUAAACUCGUAUAUUUUAGGACCAAAAAAAAAGGAACAUUCCUAACCAUGGGGCUGUAAAGAUAUAGACUAUUUUUGCGAAGAAUGUUACUUUCCUCAACUCUCUGAAAUUCAUUCCAUGUCAUGUUGCACAUGCCAAGAAAAGCCUUUCAGAUGGUGAUCAUGAACUGUGUGUCUGCUACCAUGAUGGGGGUAGUAAAAAUGCACUUAUCGUGCAUUUAAUGUGUAGAAAGUAGCUACUUUUUGUGUUGCAUCAAUAUGUGUUACAUUAAAACAUCUAUAUGAUCAAAA